CCAAAACAAAGACCACGGCUCGCAACAUCUAAACUUAUUCAUCACCGACGCCAUGUCUACAAUCGCUAAUCUGUUCAAAUGCUGGGUCAACGCUUUCUUCUGCGACCACAGCUCCAAGCCUCCAAAUGCGCUCGGUCCCACGGAAUCUUCGCCCACGCACGCUGAAUCAGUUGCCGAUUCCGACCACGAGCGGGCAUCCGCCGUAGACACCUCCCGCCAGCCCUCCAGACCCAACGGUUCUAUCGGCACUAUCACUCCUUCAUCAUCUCAGUGUUCGCGUUUGGCGCUGUCCACAGCACCGCCGCCGCUCAAAGCAACCAAAGACGCGCCGAGAGAACCUGGGUUACUUAGACGUUCCCGCCGUCUCCAAAACAUGCGCUCAAGCACCGGCUAUAGCUCUGAUACGUCUGACGAGACACCCAUUCUCUCGAAACCAUCCUUCCACCGCCGGCCUGCUCACUCGCACCAGCGUGCCUGCGUUGAUCCUGUUCCCGCAAAGAGAAAACCCGCCGCGCCCAUCUCCGAAGAUACCUCUGAGACCUCCGAACCCGGCCAGCCUGGAGAAACUUGCUCACGCCGAAGUGACCGUCCUAGCACUGUGCUAGAGAAGUCGACCCAAUGCGCUGCUCCCGUUCCUAAGGACAUUUCCGCCUCAAAGGCUUCAGAAAAGAAGGGGACUCGCUCGCACUGGCACACUCGCUCCGCUUCAAUGUCUGUGAAGGCUAAGCAGCGCCCUACCCGCGUUUCUGAAGAUUCUACCAACGUCUCGGAGCCCGAAGGAACGCUCUCCUGCCAACAUACCCGUCCUACUCCAGCGUCCCCAAAGUCAAUAAAACGCCCCGCCCCCUCCACCUCCACCUCCGAAACCUCAGGCCUGACAACCAUCAACUCAGCCCAAGAACCCCCAGCGCCCACCCCCGAACCGCGCCGCUCCCCCCGCAAACGCACCAAACACAACAACCCUUCAAAGCCUCGAUCACGAACCCCGCUAAACAUCUACCGCGGCGACCCAUCCACCCUAAAUCCCGCCCAAAUCACCUUCCCCAUCCACCUCCCGUGCCCAGGCGAGCCGGGCAGCUACCGCCGCAUCAACAGCGCCGCCAGCCUCGCCGACUAUCUGCCCGAACCACAGCCUAAACCACCAACUCCCGCCGACUCCCCAGCGCCCGUCCGCAUCCCUCCGCUGCCGGCCCGGCCGGUUCCCACGAGCCCGACGCUGCCGCAUCUGCGGCACGAGAUUGCGGCUCUGGAUCUCAGGUUCACGCAGCAGAUUUUCCUGGUGGAGAACGUCGCGGCGGUGCUUGUGAGGCGGCGGGUGCAGUAUACGGGGGAGGCGGGGACGGAGUGGGCGGUUGGGGAGGUGGAGAAGCUGGCGGCGGAGUGGGAGGCUAGUUACCAGGAGGGGCGGAAGAGGUUUUUGGGGGGAUUAGCGGAGCUGGGGCUUGUGCCGGGGGAGGUCAGGGAGGAUGAGGUGGCGGGAGUUGUGAGGAGGGCGGGGAUGUAG